GCUGCAGUGGAACGAUUGAUUGACCGCGCCGUGGAGAACGGAUUUCCGCUGGAGCAUGUGGAGCAGCUGUGCAAGAUCGCGCACGCGUACGAUGUGUGGCGCCUCGAGUUGCGUGCUGACCCACCGGCAAACGUGCCGCCCCUGGAAGUGCGU